GCUGCUAAAGUUUUGCACCCUAUUUGUUUUGUUUAUAUUUUUUCUUGAUAAUUGCGACUGAAAACGUUUUUUUCUGCAAUUAAAUACAUCUAAUCUUACUUUUAUUACCAAAUUUAAUAAAAAUGACUGAUGUGCAACCGAAUGGUGAACCAAAAAAGAUAUAUCUCACCAAACCCACUGAAACUCCAAUAGUCAAAACUGAACCAACAACAACAGUCUAUCCACAGUGGAGAUCUUUAAGAAGUUGCUCUGGAGAUCAGGUUCGUAUACCACCUAGACGUCAUCCGACACCGGUGGACAAGAAUGUCGAUGAGCAUUUGAGUAAUCAUAAGAAACAACGUUACUGGAACUCUUGGGAGGAGCUAUAUCUGGUGGAAUUGUGGCGUCGUUACAAAGAUGAGUUGACCGUAGUAAAUGUGCCUUUGCCGGUGUAUCGUAAGAUGAUGAUAGCUAUGCGUAAUCGUAAUAUGGUGGUAACAGCACAGGAUUGUCGCCGCAAAGUAAAUACUUUAAAUACAAGAUACAAGCAAGAGUUACAACGCAUGGAGUCUACGGGUGGCAAGUCGGAGUGGCGUUUAUUUUCUUUAAUGCAUUGUGUUUUACAGCCCAAAAUUAAAGAAUUUGAUCCUUGGCAUGAACUUAAGAUCAUUAAAAAGUUAUUAGAUAAAAUACCAAAACCUGUUGAGGUUGAAGUCCCAGCUCCUGUUAUAAAUAAUAAUAGCAAUUAUCAAACUACUCAGACACGAAAUUUACCAACUUCCUCAAAUGUCAAUUCUUAUCAGCCACGUACUUCUACCCAACCGCCUCUUUACACAAAUACGCUUCCCUCAACCGCAGUUUAUACAGAUCCCAACUCUCCCUACAACAGACUCUCCUCAUCAAAAGGUCUUUUCGAUAAACCCUCUAUUCUACCCUUCCGUAAUAUAACUGUGGAGAAAAUCGAACAAUUGCGCCAGGAUAAUAAUCGCCUGUCCGAACAAAGGGAUGCUGACUUAAAGUGUUUACACAUGGAAGAGGAAAAUUUCCGAUGUUUUGAGACAUUCAUACGCAUAUGGACGGAGCAAAAAGAAUUGGAAUUGCGCCGAGUACAACUAAUGUCCGAACAAAGUGUCAUUAGCAUAGAAAAUGAGGAAAAUCAGAGUGUGGAGCAGCAGCUGCAGGAAACCGUUGUAGCUAAAUGAUAUAUUUACUUACUAUAGAUUUUAAUUAUACAUAUUUUAGUUAUUUUAAACAUUCAUUAUUUUUACCACUUUAUUUUAAAUCUUUCCAGAAUUGCGAAAUUGUUUGUGUUGUGUAGAAUUUAAUUAUUUUUAAUAAAAAAUUGACUUGAUUUUAAUAUAAAA